GGCCGGAAAUAUAACCUAGAAAUUUAGUGUGACCAGUGAAUAGUGAAAUUUUCUUAUUAAUUUUAAAAUCUGUGAUGAAAUAAUAUUAUUUAAAUUGGCAUUUAGGGAAUUAACAAAUAGUGUAGCAAAUUAAAUGAAGAUGUCUUUCAGCAAAACACAUAAGAUUCUAUUAGGAUUAAGUGCAGUCUCAGGAGUAGCCACAUUUUAUUGUCUUAAUAAUCAAAAAAACAAGGCACAUGCCUCGUGGACCACCAGUUACAGUGUAUCAGCUUUCGCCAAAUGGGACGAAAACUGGGACCAUCGUUCACCAAAAUAUACCAGAAAUCCAAAGCAAAUUACUAACGAGAAGGACGAAAACCUUGUCAACGAAGAGAGAGAAAAUUUAAGGCCUAAAUUUUAUAGGCACCUAAUACUAAUCAGGCACGGACAAUAUAACCUACAAGGAGAGACAGAUAGGGAAAGAAUAUUAACCAAAUUAGGACGCUUGCAAGCGGAAUAUACUGGCAAACGUUUAAAGGAACUGAACCUUCCUUAUACAAUUAUGGUCAAAUCGACUAUGGCGAGAGCGCUAGAGACUGGAUCCAUCAUAUCGCAGUCGUUACCUGACUUACCAGUAACGGAGUGUGAUCUUUUGAGAGAAGGCGCGCCUAUACCGCCAGAACCACCUCUGGGCAGAUAUAAACCGGAAGCUUAUAAGUUCUACCAGGACGGGUCGAGAAUAGAGGCCGCAUUUCGCAAGUAUUUCCACAGAGCAGAUCCUACUCAGACGGAGGACACAUACACUGUGUUGGUGUGUCAUGCCAACGUCAUUCGCUAUUUUGUUUGUAGGGCUCUCCAGUUCCCCGCAGAGGCUUGGCUGAGGUUGUCGUUGAACCACGCUAGCAUAACUUGGAUUACCAUCACACCUAGCGGGCGGUGUGUACUUCGUGCUUUGGGAGAUACAGGGUAUAUGUCGCCCGAUAUCAUCACAAGCACUUGAAAGUGAAACGUUUUUUUAUAGAGAUAAGGAUUGAUCAAUAUUUUUAUAUGAAAAGAGCUUUAAGGUUUCAGUUUUUUUUAUGUGUUAAAUUAGGUAACUUUUAAGAUUUUUACUUUGAACAAUUUAAGUAAUGGGAUGUGGAAUAAGUUCCCGCUGUUUUUUCAUGAAAAUUAAAUGCUUUAUUUAAAACAAAAUAGUAAAAUUAGUAUUGUCCCUCGCUAGCCACUACUUUUUCUCAUCUUUUUGGCAGCAUUUUCCAUGUCAGAAAAACGAUACAUACGUCUUUUGAGGCUAUCCAACAGUCGAUCCACUUUUUAGCAUAUUCAUAAGAAUGGAAGUCCUGUUCAACCAGGGCAUGUUCCAUCGAUCGGAAUAAGUGAUAAUCGGAAGGGGCAAUGUAUGGUGAAUAUAGCGGGUGGGGUAGGAUUUCCUAUUUAAGUGUUUCCAAGUAGGUUUUUCAACAUGUGGCUGAGUGUUGUUAUGCUGCUAAAUCAUUUUGUCGUGGUUCUGCUCGUGUAGCGGCUGUUCUCCUUCAAUGUUUGGCUCAAAGGCAUCAAUUAUUGUAAUCGAUAACAAUUUCCCGUGAUGGUUUUCUACCGUUGAAGGAGCUGUUCACAUGUGCAAAGAUGCCGUUCAAGAUCUCUCCGAUUCAUCUUCAAACUGUUUCGGUGUGCCAGUGCGUUCUUUGUCAACAUUAAAAUCAUUAUAUUUCUAAACCGAUCUCUGCAUGUUUGUGACAGAGCAUGGACGCCGUAAGUGGCAACAAGAAUUCUGUGUGCUUUAGCUGCUCUUUUGAAUAAAGUAGAGGGGUAAAAUUCCCCACAAAUACUCUUUUUUCAGUACGAAAUUCGACAUGUUUAACACUAUGAAAAGAGAAGUAGUUUACACUUCGGCGAAAUAACAUUCACUGAAUUUCAAGCUUGUUAACGCCUUCUGUAGAAAAACAGCGUGAACCUUUUCAACGUCCCUAUACCUAUUCACAUCUUCAGGCGAUGGAAGUGGAAUCCUAAAAAGUUUUUUACGUUUUUGUCUGUCAAAGAUUUAAGCGAUGGAAUUUAUGAAUUAAAAUUGCUGUGUUAAAGACAGAUCAGAACUAAACGGUUCCAAUUUUAAGUAUUUACAUUGUUUUCUUUAUAUAUGUUUAUUGACAACUGAAGACAAUGAUGUUCUUUCUUCCAUUCAAAUGUACAAAUCUUAGAACGUUUAGAUGUAGAAUCUGCUCAAAUAUCGACAGAAUUUAGUUAAAAGUGUGAAAAAUUCUCAUAUCAGUAUAAUGGCGAAAGUGCGCCUUUCGUUUCUUAAGAAAGACACGAAAUAAAUAUUUAUUUAUAGCAUUAGUUUUGUAUUUAACGUGUGAAGACAUUUACCAGUAUUGUUUUUUUUAUACUGUGUGUCAGGUUUUUUUUAUACAAUAAAA